UUUAGAUAUAUGAUAAGUUUACGUUUUGUAGGUGGCUUACAUUUUGUGUCGCCAUCAACGUUGUGCGAUGUUGCUGACUAACCCCUCCGGCUAGCUGGCUAACGACGUGCGUAUCGCGAUUCACGCAACUGGAUCAACUUUACUGAACCGUUAUUCUAAGAGGGUGGACUAAGCAGCAAGUCAGAAGAUGCAGCGUCUCUUUAACCAGAGAGCCUUGUGGCAAUCAGCUGCCCUGCGCUCCAUGCUCCUGGGCCCAGUUACCUGCGAGCCGUCCACCAUCUUGGGUCCACGGAUGGCUUCCUACUUCCUCAGGAACCCUGGCCUCAGCCCCAGUCUCAGUCCACGCUGGGUGAGCACAUCAGGAGCAGUGUGGACCACAGCACCCCGUAAGCCCACCACAGAAGAGGGCCAUAGCAAUGUUGACCCAGGCCAGGAGGAUAUCAUGGGGGACCGGUCCAUUGGUCUGGUCCAGAGGUUCAGGAGAACUCUAAAGCAGUAUGGGAAGGUGAUGAUCCCCCUUCACCUCAUUACCUCCUCAAUGUGGUUCGGGACCUUUUACUAUGCUGCCAUGCAGGGUGUAAAUGUGGUUCCGUUUCUGGAGUAUGUUGGAUUCCCAGAGAAGCUUGUUAAGCUGUUGGAGCAUUCCCAGAGUGGCUAUGCACUGACUGCCUAUGCCAUGUACAAGAUUGCCACCCCAGCCAGGUACACCGUGACAUUAGGGGGGACGUCCCUCUCGAUCAGGUACCUCCGUAAACAUGGUCACAUGACCACCCCACCGCCUGUUAAGGAGUACCUGCAGGACAAGAUGGAGGAGACCAGGGAACGCCUCUCUGAGAAGAUGGAAGAGACAAAGGACAGGUUGUCAGAGAAGAUGGAAGAGACCAGAGAUCGUCUGUCGGGGAGGAUUGGGGAUAACAAGGACAAGUUGGCAGAGAAACUCCAAGAGACCAAAGACAAAGUGUCUUUCAGAAAGAAGCCGGAGUAGAUAUCAUAUGUUAAUUCCUGGAUAUAAUUAAAUAAAUGUUCAUAUGGCCACUAUAGCCCUUGAAAAGGAUGGCUGGACACAUUUCCCUAAACUGAUUUAAUCAGACACCACAUACUCAUAACAUCAAAGCAUUUCUCUUCUCACCUCUGCUUGACUGCAAAUAGUAGGCUGCUGCACCUGCUCAAAUAGCAAAGGAUCCAGGAAGUAAGGAGGAAAAUAGUUAUAUGGAGUUAAAAGUUGAAAAAUGGGUGCUACAUUUUCUGGGAAAUAUUUGUAUGAAGGAGUGAUUCCAGAAGAACAUGGUAUGUGUGGUGGAGGAGUGGGCUUUGAAUUGGUUCACUGCAGAUGUAGACUAUUAGACAGUUACGGUCCCCAGGCAGUCAGUCACAACCACAACAUUCACACUGGCUCAUGUUACAAGAAGGUUAUUGUUGUUUUUACAAUGUUAUACUGAGAGAUUUAUCUGAAAUAUUAAAACGUAUUUGUCCUCCAUUA